AUGGCUGCAGCAAAGAAGGUAGGCGCUGAUGUUGUCGUUCUGGAUAUUCAGGACAUGAUGGAGCUCACUUCAGAUAUUUUUAACACUAAAGGCGCAGGCAAUCCAUGGCCAGUUGAUCACUUGUCUCGAGGAUUCAAUCCGUUUGUGGCUGCGCCGGUCCCAAUAGAGUUCACAGGAGAUAUGUUAAAUUCUGAUGACGAUGAUAUGGAAGAUGAUGCAGACGAUGAUGAUGAUCAAGAAGAAAACCCUUUGCGCGGCUCAUCAAUAGCUACAACAGCGGUCUUUGUGGACUCUAGGAUAUUUUCCUCCAAGAGUGCUCGUCAAGAUGGCCGGCAGGAUUCAUUCGUAUCACCCAUUAUCUCUCUUAAAGAGAAGUUUGAAAAGUUUUGGACGGCACUAUUGUUGGCAGAACCAACAUCAAUAUCCGCAUCAGAAAUUUCAUCAUCACCAUCAUCAUCACCAUCAUCAUCACCAUCAUCGCCAUUACCAUCAACUGAUCGCAAAAAGACAUCGCCUAAAAUCCUGUACUUGAAAGAUAUUGCGGACAUUAUUCACACGCCCUUCGGACACAUUGUUUUCCCAUCCUUGACUAAUGCAAUACUCACACUUCGCAAGGCAGGACAUAAUGUCAUGGUUGUUGCAGGACACUCUCCUUCACUUCUCACAGGUGAGAGUCAGGACGACGAUAAUAUAGACAAGGACGAAUUAACAGAGGGAGCCAUGGGUAACGACGGUAAUGGAGACGGCACAGGCGUUUCUGUAACCAUGGAUGAAGAAUCGACUCCUAUCAAUGUGCCUGCCAUUUUACAAAAGUCACGUUGGCCUACAGAUGAAGAUGAUCAACAUCACCAUCAUCGUCAGAAUCCAUUUCAGAACAGUCAUGUUUCGCUCGCUUCACUCGUCUUUGAUACCUUCCCAGGACCCACUCAAUCGUUCCAUCAUAUCUCCAUCCCCCCAUACCUGUUCCAUCAUAACCAUACUCGCAAAAACAAUUACAGUAACAAUAAUUAUUCGGAUGCGACGGGAGCAGAGCUAUUAUCUGAUGCCAUUACUACUUCAAAUCCAGCGGACAUGCCUUUACCACUUCGAUACGCCUAUGAGAAUGCUCAGCUAUUAAAACGGGAUAAAGCAAAGAGGAUCCGAGAGAUCAACUGUCGUAACCUGCAUUCAGUUUUAAGUUUCAGAGGAGGGCAACUUGAAGAAUCAGAGACAGCAUUGAAUGUCUUUGGAGGACUUCGUGGGAUUGAUUCAGAAGUUUGGGGGUUUGGAAAGGUAUUCCGUGUUAUUGCUAAUGCUCUCGGAUCCCUAUAUCUGAGUGACUUGGGUGAAAAUAAUCAGGAGGGUCUCCUUCAUAACGACAGUCAGGGUCACAAUAAGACGACGACGACGAAGAAUACGAAUAAGAAUUCAAUCAUUACAAAAGAUCUGGUUCAAAGUGCUUUGGAAAUCUCGAAUGAGAAUGUAAGGCUACGGAGGAUCAUCGCUUCUGAUUUGGAUAAGAAGAAGAAGGCUACAAAGCCUUUAAUCAAUCCUACGGAAUGUAAUCGGUAUGAACGCCGAUUGCUAGGCAGUAUUGUCGAUCCAGACAAGAUCAAGACUACUUUCCAGAACACUAUCAUCCCUCCAGAAACCAUUCAGACACUACAAACUAUGAUUACUCUUCCACUGGUUCGACCGCAGCUCUUUUCAUAUGGCCUACUCCAGAAUGAAUUCCUUUCAGGUCUGUUGCUCUUUGGUCCCCCGGGAACUGGAAAGACUCUUUUAGCAAAGGCCGUGGCGAAGGAGUCGGGUGCAAGGAUGUUAGAGAUCAAGGCGUCCGACAUCUUUGACAUGUAUGUCGGAGAAGGUGAAAAGAAUGUGUCUGCUGUCUUUAGUUUGGCAAGGAAGUUGUCUCCAUGUGUUGUCUUUUUGGAUGAAGUGGAUUCGAUCUUCCGAGCCCGUGGGUCGAGUGGUGGAGGUGGCAUUGGAGGUGGGGGUGGUAAUUCGAGUCAGCGUGAGAUCUUGAACCAAUUCAUGAUAGAGUGGGAUGGAUUACGCUCGAGUGGACAGAAUCAAGGGAUUGUGGUGAUGGCCUCAACGAAUCGUCCGUUCGAAUUGGAUGAUGCAGUGUUGAGACGACUGCCAAGAAGAAUUCUAGUAGAUCUUCCAGACGAACGAGCAAGGGAGCAGAUCCUGAAUGUGUAUUUGAGCCAGGAGCAAUUGGAGGAUGGAAUCGAUCUGAAGGAAUUGGCCAAGAAGACUUCUUUCUUUUCAGGCAGUGAUCUUAAAAACUUGUGUGUCACUGCUGCAUUGGCCUCGGUGCGUGAGGAUGUUGAGAACGAGGUUCGGAGUUUGGCUUUGUCUUCAUCCUCGGACGAGUCAGCAUCAUCAUCAUUGGAAUCUUCAUCUGAUAAAGACAAGCAAGUACUUGAUUUAUCACCAUUGUUGAAUCAAUACAAAAAGCAGGCUCUCGAUGUAGCCAACAGGACUGUGCCUGCAUCCUCGUCUGGGCCCAAGCGCGUUAUCAAGAAGAGUCAUCUCGAAAAGGCUCUUUCACAGAUCACGCCAUCUUGUUCAGAGAAUAUGGACAGUUUGACAGCGUUGCGGAAAUGGGAUGGAUUGUAUGGUGAUGGUGGAAAGGGACGACGCAAAGGAAACAAGGGUAUUGGUUUUGAAAUUGAUUCACCUUUGUUAACGACAAAGCUUUGA